AUGAAGAAUACAUGGAUCUUAUUGGCUACUAGCCUACUGCCAGUCUGGGGUAUCACUCUUCAUCGAAGGGAUAAUCCUGCAGUGGUGCAAAUGGAUAUUCAACGAAAGGAUAUUCUCGAUCCCGUCGCUAGAGACCAGGCAAGACGGAAACGUUCCGAGACAGUCAGUCAAGCAUUGGAUAAUGAGGAAACUCUAUACUUCUGCAAUGUCACUGUGGGUACCCCAAAGCAGAGCUUACGUCUGGUUCUCGACACUGGCAGUAGUGAUUUGUGGUGUAAUACGCCAAAUUCUACUCUUUGUGAAUCCGCCAAGGCUCCUUGCGCCCAAUCGGGUACUUACAACCCGAGUGCUUCCUCUUCAUAUUCAUUUGUGAACUCGGACUUCAACAUUAGUUAUGCCGAUGGAUCGAGUGCUACCGGAGACUAUGUUUCCGACACUCUCGUCAUCGGAGGCACAACUCUCAAAGACUUCCAAUUCGGCAUUGGCUUUUCCUCGGGUUCUCCGGAGGGUGUCCUGGGUAUAGGAUAUACUGCGAAUGAAGUCCAGGUUGGCAGAAAUGGAGACUCGCCGUAUGCCAACCUGCCCAAAGCAAUGGUCAACAAAGGAAUAAUUCAAUCAAAUGCCUACAGUCUCUGGUUGAACGACCUGGAUGCGAGCACAGGCUCAAUCUUGUUUGGUGGAGUUAAUACGAAAAAAUAUCAUGGCACCCUCCAAACAGUUCCCAUCCAGAAGGUCCACGGACAGUACACGGAGUUCGUCAUUGCGCUCACCGACGUUACCCUAACGGCUAAUACCAGUGAGGUUACCCUUUCUUCGAGUUCCAUUCCUGUGGGUGUACUACUUGAUUCGGGAAGCUCUCUUUCAUACCUUCCAGACGCCCUUGUCGCGGAUAUCUACGAAGGGCUCGGAGUCUCUUACGAGGCGGACAGUGGUAUAGGCUAUGUUGAAUGCGACAUAGUACAGCAGGAUAUCACUAUCGGUUACACGUUCUCAUCCCCGACGAUCAACGUGAACAUCGACGAGAUGGUCAUCGAUGUUGGCGAUCUGUAUUUCAAGAACGGCAAGCGAGCCUGCGUUUUCGGUAUUGUUCCUGCGGGAGGCAGCACGGCAGUCCUGGGAGAUACGUUCCUUCGCAGUGCGUACGUGGUAUACGAUCUCGCCAAUAAUGAAAUCUCCCUUGCCAACACCAACUUCAACGCCACCGAGAAUGAUGUCUUGGAGAUCGGGACUGGCAGUGAUUCUGUCCCCGGUGCGAGCGAAGUCUCGAACCCAGUGACGACUGCGCCAGUCGGUGGCGCCGGUGCUCGCAUUGGAGGUCCGCAUGGAGGAUCCACCGGCAUCUCUGGCUCGGCCACUGCCACAGGGAAUAUGGGUAUCCCUAGGGCGACAGCUAUGCCAAAGCAUCUGGCGGUCGGCCUUGCUGGAGUUGGAGCUAUUCUGGUUCUCUGA